AUGAGUCAUCCUCAUGUCGACCGUUAUGCAAGCCUCAAGCUUGUCUAUGGAAAUGAUUUGAUUGAAUUUGUGAGAGAGAGUAAAGUCUUGGUGGUCGGAGCUGGUGGAAUUGGAUGUGAGUUGCUGAAAAAUUUGGUUCUUUCGGGAUUUGAGAAUAUUGAGAUUAUUGAUUUGGACACGAUUGACAUUAGUAAUUUAAAUAGACAAUUUCUUUUCAGACAAAAGCAUGUCAGAGAAUCAAAGGCAAAAAUUGCAAAAGAAACAGCUCUCACUUUUAACCCAAAAUGUAAUAUUGUUGCUCAUCAUGGAAACAUUAAACAAAGUGCCUAUGGAUUGGAUUUCUUCAAGCAAUUCAAGUUGGUGAUUAAUGCACUUGACAAUGUUGAUGCUAGAAGACAUGUCAAUAGAUUAUGUCUUGCUGCUAACAUUCCCAUGUUGGAUGGUGGUACUGCAGGAUAUUUGGGUCAAGUAAAAUCCUAUCAAAGAGGAUUUACGGAAUGUUAUGAAUGUAAGGGAAAUAGAAACACCGAGAAGACCUAUGCUGUGUGCACUAUUCGAUCUAAUCCAUCGAAAAUGAUCCAUUGUGUGGUGUGGGCCAAAUUAUUAUUCGACCGACUCUUUGGAAAAGUUAGUGAUAGCAAUGAAAUUUCAACUGGAUUCGAAGAAAUUUUGAAGGCAACAGAAGACUUCCCACAAAAGGUUUUCAACAAAGUUUUUGUCCAUGAUGUUCGAGAAUUAUCACAAAUGAAAAAUAAGGAAGUUUGGAACACUGGAAAGCCACCUGAACCUCUUACUGAUGAAUAUUUGAAAAUCCUAAGACAAAAUAAUCCAAACGCUGACAAGAGAGCUGGAGUUAAAGAUCAAAUAAUUUGGACACCUGAUGAAUGUGUACAAAUUUUAUUGAAGAGCCUGACUUCUCUCAAGCAACGAAGGGAAAAAUCUAGCGAACCAUUGUCAUUUGACAAAGAUGAUGAGGAUGCGUUGAAUUUAGUCACUAGUGCUUCCAAUUUGAGAGCUUUCAAUUUUCACAUUCCUCCAAGCUCUCGAUUCGACAUCAAGUCAAUGGCCGGCAACAUUGUACCAGCCAUCGCUACAACCAAUGCAAUUAUUGCUGGUCUUCUCGUGUGUGAAGCAUUUAAAGUAAUGAAAAGCAUUCAUCUGAGCCAAGGAAAAGAAGGUUCUGUCAAUCAUGUUAGUGAGUGCCUACAAACAGAUUGCUUGGCCAAAACUGUGGUAAAGGGUAGAAAGAACACGAUUAUUCUUCCUGUCAGAAUGGGACCACCAAACAAGAAGUGUUUUGUGUGCUCUUCAAAUUCUGUUACAGUGUUUGUUAAUUGUGACAAGAUGAGCUUGGAAAGAUUUGUUGAAGACGUUUUAAAAAACAAAUUAGCACUCAAGGAGCCCUCUGUGCUGUCAAAUGAUGAUCUUAUCUAUGAGUGUGGAGAAGAAUUAGAGCAAGAUCAAAUAGAAUUGAUACAAAAACGUCAAAAGGAACUGUUGAAAGACACUGGAAUUGUGGACGGUUCGGAACUCAUUGUUGAAGAUUUCUCUCAAGAUAUUAGUUGGAAAGUGAUUGUGAGGCACAUGCCAGAUAUUGAGGUUGAAGAGUUUUAUGUGGAGGGAGAUGAACCACCAAAGCCAGCAACUGAGGAAACAGCAACCCGUAUUCCAUCAUCACGUGUUACUGAUGAGAGCAGUGGUGAUGUCAUGACCCUGACAGAUGAUGAUGAUGGCUGUGUGUGCAUUACAGAUCAGCAAGAAGAACGCAAACGAUUGAAUGAGAGAAGAAAUGAGCUUAAGAGAAAAAGAGCCGAAACUGAGAACAACCUCUCAGAAGAUACUAAUCCUCUCAAAGAGAAGAAACAGGAAGACGAGGUCAUUCUCUUGGAUGAUUAA